AGUCACAAAAGUGAAAAUAUUUUAUACAAGAAUUAUUUUAUAUUUAUUUGUACAUGGAAGAAAAGUCAUACUAAGUUUAAGGUUACAGUUUUAUAUAGCUUACAGGUGCUACGAGCAAUAUUACUUGCUCAUAAGUCCAAAUCAUGUACGCAAUAGAAAAGAAAUUCGAGAUCGAAAUGAAACUCAAAAAGGAGAUGAGCAACAUGGCAGAGCUGAAGGCGGCAGCUAGCCGGAGCUCGGCGCUGGCCGGGGACGUGUGCAACGUGCUGGGGGCGUGCGAGCAGCGCUUGCAGCAGCUGGAGACUGCGGUGCUGCCGUUGUAUGGUGAUACGGCACGACUGCAGCAGAUUCAUCACAACAUGGAACGCACAGUGAAAGCCUUGGACCAUGUGAUCACCUACUACAUGGUGUCUCGAGAGCUGGCGGACCUGGUACAGGCUGGCCCGCACACUUCCAAUACUGACACACUCAACAUCUACUUAGAGGCAUUGGAUAAGCUGGCAGAAGCUCAGAACUAUUUCAAUAAGAACAACCCACAGAGUGUCGAACUAGAAAACAUUAAUCAGCUGUACAACACUGGCGUGUUGAAACUGGAGACCGCCUUCGAAGAGCUGUUGAACAGGAACACCCGACCUCUAUCACCAACCACUCUGAUGGACAUGAUUGCUUUGGAAGAAGAUUCGAGCGUGGACAGCGUCAGCGUCUCCGGCUCCGGGCCUAGUUCGUGCGGCGCCGCGCAAGCCAUGGAGACCCUCCGCGCCGCCGCCGCCUGGCUCAGCGCCGCCGGCCGGCCGCCCGUGCAGGCCCUGCUGACUGCCAGGGCUCCCGCGGCGAGGCAAGCCCUUAAUGCCUUUAAGGAUCAUUUGAAGGCGCGGUCUGUGCCACAUGAUCCGAUAAUGAGAGCUAAAAACCUACUGCAACGUUCCGAUAGCACGACAAAGAAAACGAGCAAAAUACAAAAAGUGAUUGAGAAGAGAGCAAGCAAAAUAAUCCAGAGGGCUUCUCAGACACUGGAAAAUUCUACCGGGCUUGCGAUAGGUCCUCGACGGUCUGUCAGCGAGGCUUACACUGAAGAGUCUUAUGAAGCCCUAGAAGAGUGGGAGGCCAUGCUGGCCGGCUCGGUGGCCUGCGCGUUGGCCAAGCUCGCUCGGCACGAGCAGCGCGCGCUCCUGGGCCUCGUGCCGCUGCCCCGGCUGCCGCCCCUGCUGGCGCAGAUACUACACGAGUGCUUCGCCACGCUGCACCAGGAUGUCGAGCGCGCCUGUCAGCGCAGCCGCCGCGCAUGCGCCCGCAGCUCGUGCGGCGCGGCCGCGUGCUGGGCGCUGCUGGCGAGGCUGCAGCGCCUGCAGCCGGACGUGGCGCGCGCGCUGGCCCCCGCCGACCCCACUGUCUACACUAGCAUUGUCAACAACUGUCACAUGCAUUGUCUCAAAUCGCUAGAGGAGUGGGUGUCGGGGCUCCGUAGCGACACGUUCGCGGGCGCCGUGGACGGCACCGUGCACCAGCUCGCCGUCGCCGCGCUCGCGCACUCGCACUCGCUCGCCAAGCACCUGCAGACCAUCGGCCCGGCGCUGGCCACCGAGCCGGCCUACGCGCGCGCCGCCGCCGCGCUGCCCGGCGCGCCCGACCGGAACGCGGCGCUACUCGGCAUUUACGUGCGGAAAGUUCUAGCACAACUCAACUUAGUGCUGAGGAACAAGAGUGAACAGUACCCUGACGCUUUAAAGGCGAUAUUUCUGCUAAAUAACACGCUGUAUUUACUGCAGGGCUUACAGCGCAGUGGGUUGAUCGAGGUGCUAAUGACAGUUGAGCCAGAUUGCGAGGCCACCUACCGGGAUAUGAUACAUGAGUAUAAGAACAACUACCUGCAGAGUUGGAACAAGCUGCUGGCUCACACGGUGCUCGAGGAGGCACCCCCGGCCAAGCUGCGCGACAGAGACAGGCAGAUUCUGAAGGACAAGUUCGCGUCUUUCAACCGCGAAUGGGAGGAGUGCACCAAAGCGCAGCGCAGCUACAGUGUACCCGACCCCGAACUGCGAGAGGCUCUCAAACGGGACAACAAGGAGACCAUACUACCGCCGUACACAAAGUUUUAUGACACCUACGGGGCUCUGCCAUUCUCGAAGAAUCCUGAUAAAUACGUCAAGUACUCUCCCGUACAGAUUGCGACGCAGCUGGAUGGUUACUUCGACGAAGCCGCUUAGUUCCGCUUACAGUAUUCCAUAAUAUUUAUUCCAAUUGUAUUGUAAUAAGUAAAUAAAACGCCUUAUUUAACCAUU